CGAGAAGACUAUACUUCUAUCGCGAGGUCGAGCUGCAGAAUGGUUUGAAACUAUAUCUUGAAGAAAAUACGAAGAUCAGUACACUUCACAAUCGCUUUAAGAGCCGGACAGAGCACGCAGAUAUGUCCAAUACUGCCGCUUCAGAAAGUGCGAAAUCAGCGUCGAAGAAGAAAAAGAAGAGCAAGAAAAAGAACAAUGGUGCAUCAAAUGGAGCCGCACCAGUCGAGUCGAAAGAUGCCACGAGCAACCCCGAAAAUGUCGAAGAUGAAGAUGAGGAUGAGGACGAUCCAGGAAGUUCAACGGGCGACGGAAGUGUGAAACCUUCAUCCACCUCGCACGAAGCAGGCGCAGAAGCAGCAUCGGCUCAGCAUUCGAACCCCGCCAACAAUGAUGCAGAGGAGGAAGCUGAGGAAGACGAGGAUGCCGACGACUCAGAUGCAGGGCAGGUGGCAGAGUCCGGGACCUCCGCUAGACUGGAUGCACUGCAACAGGAGCGAGACAACCUUCGAGCUGAAGUAAGCGAGCUGCGCAAAUCACUGGAAGGCUUGCGGGAGAAGCAUAAUGAAGAGCUGUCGGGAGUGAAGGAAGAGCUAGAACAGUCUCUGGAAGGCAAGGAGCAGGCCGAGAGUCAAUACAAGACCUUGCUGGGCAAGGUCAAUACCAUUCGGUCUCAGCUCGGCGAACGUCUCAAAGCAGAUGCUGCAGCACUAGAGCAGAAGCGAGAACAGAUAGACCAGCUCGAAUCCGGCAAUGCUGAGGCCCAAGCUGAAAACGAACGAUUGCAAUCCUCCAUCGCUUCACUCAAUACCAAACUCGAAUUGCAGACUGCCGAGCUGGAAUCAAUACGGAGCCGAACAAACCUCUCCUCGACCAAUUUCGCCAAGGAACGGGAUGAACUGCUUAGCCGAGAGGCUUACGUACGGGAGGAAUAUGAGGUCGCCAAACAGGCGAUGCAAGAUUGGGAGAUCCUCGCUACGGAGGAGCGAUCGCGUCGCGAAGCGCUGGAGGAGCGUGUGCAAGAAGUAGAAGAGCAGCUUCGGACACAGCAGAAUGCAUAUGAGCGCGCACGGAACGAGGUGGAGACGCAAAGCAGUACUGUCGAUGGACUACAACGUGCCUUGCGCGACCUGCAAGAAGAGCGAAAGAAGGAGCUGCGCGGCCUCGUCGAGCAGAGCCAAGAGCGAGUAGACCAACUCACGGCCAAACUCGAGGCAGCCGAAUCCGAACGCACAACGCUCCGUACCGAACUGGACUCUACCAAAGAAGCCCUGGAAAGAGCGGAGCCCUUCGAGAAGGAAGUCAAAGAGAAGAAUCUCCUGAUCGGCAAACUGCGUCACGAGGCGGUCAUCUUGAACGAUCACCUCACUAAGGCUCUUCGCUUCCUCAAGCGCGGCCGGCCCGAAGACAACGUCGACCGCCACCUCGUCACCAACCACUUCCUCCACUUCCUCCAGCUCGACCGCUCCGAUCCCAAGAAAUUCCAAGUGCUUCAACUCAUUGCCGCACUACUGGCCUGGGACGAUGCGCAGCGCGAGACCGCAGGCCUCGUACGGCAAGGCAGCGGCUUUGCCGGCCUGCUCGGCGGCAACCCGGGCGCGAGCGGAGGUGCCGGAUCUACCGGGAGCUUGCGCGCGCCCCUAUCGCCUUUCCGGCGGACACCCUCGACGCCGACGCUCGUCAACGACUUUUCGCUCGACGGCUCGGCGGGAUCCUCGGCGACCGCGAAGGAGAGUCUGGCGGAGUUGUGGUCGGAGUUCCUCGAUCGUGAGGCCGAGGCGGGGAGUAACGCCCCGAGCAGUAACCCGGCGCAUAGUCGCCGCCCGAGUCUCGCGCUGUCGACGGCGAAGAAGGGGCGGGCGCCGAGUGUCACGGGAGGAUUCUCGUCACCGGGUGCGGAGAGAGCGGGUGGAGGACAGGACGAAAGCCUGGCUGAGAAAAAAUGACGAGACGUAUGCCCGCCACUGGCUGGCCGAGUCAAGCUACAUCUGCGACAGCAUGCUCACGUAGAUAUCCUCAAUCGAUGAAUCACUUCAUAUGCUAAUCCCCCCACACACCGUAUGACCAAUCAAUCACAUCGCCUCCGUCCCCGAAUAAUCGUUCAGCGCCACACACACCGCACCCCGAUGAUGCCCGUUAUACUGACGGAUGAUAUUCUUCCCGUUCAAGUCCCACAGCCGUGCAUAAUGAUCCGAACACGCCGUGACCAGAUAUGCCGAAUCCGCCGAGAACGCACAGUCCCACACCCAGCGCUGAUGCCCGUCCAAUUCGCUCUCCAGUGGUAGUGGCUGAUAGACCCGCUCCUCGAGCUCCUCGUCCU